AUGGCAUUGUCGCAACUCGCACCCCUCCCAACUAUUUUACCAGAUGGCCCUUCCGAAGAGCCCUUCACACCAGUACAAUGGAAUACCUUAAUGGCCUUAAUGGACGCCGUCAUUCCAUCAAUCCAACGAGGAUCGGCCGGGGAGCAAAAGGGGGCGCAUCUGGCACUUGUAGACGCGGAAUACAACAACUCGGUACGCGCUCUGCAGAAAUCCAUUAAGGAUGCGCCGGACGCGGAAUCUUUUGACAAAUAUCUCAAUGAGAAAGCUUCGGAUUGCCCGCAAUUCCAAGACCUCUUAAAACGCGCAUUGGGGCAAGACGCACCAGAGCAAUCGCGGAAGGGUUUGGCAUUUAUACUAUCGACCCUAAACACCCGGGUAGGGUCUUUGAUGCUGACGGGCUACUCCACACCAAUCCACGAACAACCAAUUCGAAUCCGCGAAGCUAUUCUCGAUAGUUGGCGACUAUCAUAUAUGCCUUUUUUGAAUGUUAUCUACAAGUCGAUGACCUCGAUUGGGAAGAGUUUGUGGUUGAGGACCAGUCCAACCUACCGCCAACUAUGCGGUAUUCCGCGUGCACCAGACCAAUACAAGCCCGGCCCUAGCUUUGAAUUCGACUUCCUACAAUUUGGCCCCGGAUCCGAGCCAGAAGUUAUCGAGACAGAUGUGGUUAUUGUAGGAUCUGGAUGUGGAGGGGCCGUCUGCGCCAAAAAUCUGGCGGAGGCUGGAAACCGCGUUCUGGUGGUCGAUAAAUCACACCAUUUCGGUCCGGAACAAUUCCCGCUGUCCGAGAAAGUUGCUUUGAACCAUGUUAUUGAAGCUGGAGGCGUUCUGGUCUCGGAUGAUGGCUCGGUAAGUGUAGCUGCCGGAAGUGUAUGGGGUGGCGGGGGAACUAUCAAUUGGUCUGCAAGUCUGCAGACACAGAACUUUGUUCGCAAAGAGUGGGCACAGGAUAAAGGGCUCAAGUUCUUCGAGACCGCCGAAUAUCAGUCAUGUUUAGAUCGAGUCUGCCAUCGGAUGGGUGUUUCCGCAGAUCAUAUCAGACAUAAUCAUGGCAACCAAGUCCUAUUGGAGGGUGCUCGAAAGCUGGGGUAUCAUGCCAAAGCAGUCCCACAAAAUACUGGAGGCAACGAGCAUUAUUGCGGGCAUUGCUGUCUUGGUUGUGGUUCAAACGAGAAGCAAGGGCCUGUUGUAUCAUGGCUGCCAGAUGCUGCAAAAGCUGGCGCUAAGUUUGUAGAAGGUUUCAGGGUCGAUCGUGUAUUGUUCGAUAAAUCGAACAGCACAAAAGCUAUUGGAGUUGAAGGUGUAUGGACAUCAAGGAAUAGUAAUGGAGGUGUCGACGGGCCUAUUUCAGAAAGAACUGUCCGGAAGGUGAUUGUGAAGGCUAAGAAAGUUAUCAUUUCAAGUGGAACUCUGUGGAGCCCAAUUAUCUUAAUGAAUAGCGGCCUCAAGAACUGGCACAUUGGAAGAAAUCUCUACCUUCAUCCGGUCAAUUUCGUGGCAGCCGUCUUCAAAGAGGAGGUUAAGCCUUGGGAAGGUGGAAUUUUAACAACUGUCUGCACCUCGUUUGAAAAUCUAGAUGGCCGCGGUCACGGUGCAAAGAUUGAAGCAACCGCUAUGCUUCCGUCCAUGUUCCUUGUUUAUAUGAAUUGGGUCAAUGGGCUCACGUGGAAGACGAAUGCUCUCAAGAUCCGCAAUAUGAACGGCUACAUCUCUAUAGCUCGAGACCGUGAUACUGGAAGGAUAUACCCAGAUCCGAACAGCGGCACGCCCAGAAUCCAAUACUCACCGAGUGCGUUUGACCGGGCGAGCUGCAUGGAGGGUCUCGUCGCCCUCGCAAAAAUGACCUACGUGAGCGGAGCCACUGAGAUCCACCCUUUCAUCCAAGGCCUCCAACCCUUCCUCCGCGACGUUGGAGAUUCUUCUUUAGAAACCCCAGCGGCCGAUGAGCCAGACCCAGGGGUAACUGACCCACGCUUUGGCGCCUGGCUCGCAGAGCUUCAACGCAUAGGAAAUAAACCACCUACAGCCGCAUACUCCUCCGCGCACCAGAUGGGCACCAACCGCAUGAGCGCCCGAGAGAAGGACGGGGUCGUCGAUCCCAAGGGGAAGGUCUGGGGAACCGAGGGUUUAUAUGUUAGCGACGCAAGUGUCUUCCCCAGCGCGAGCGGCGUCAACCCAAUGAUUACGAAUAUGGCCAUCAGCGACUGGAUAUCGAGGAAUAUCGCUAAGGAGCUGAGAGGUGGCGGGUCGGCCAUGGAAUCUAGAUUAUAG